CAGCUCCUCCCCCACUCUCCUCCCCUCCCCCACCUUCCUGCCCACCCAUCCCCUGGGCCCGGGUUGCAGGAAGGGAGGUGCUGGGCACCCGCCUGCAGAGCCGCUGCCGCCACCUGCGCCCGUGCUGCGUCGUCGGUGCGCUCAGGCUCCGGCCCGCCAUGCCCCCCACCCAGCCCUGGAGCCCCAGCCCGGAGGCGGCGUCCUGGGACUACUCGGGGUCCGGGUCCGGCGCCCUGGAGGAGGAGCUGGAGCUGUGCGCGCCCUGGGAGCUGCCCUACGCCCGCGUCUUCGUCCCCACGCUCUACCUGGCGGCCUUCGCUGUCGGCCUGCUGGGCAACGGCCUGGUGCUGCGGCUGCUGGCCCGGCGGCGCGGCCCGCGGCGUCUGGCGGACACCUUCGUGCUGCACUUGGCAGCCGCCGACCUGGGUCUGGUGCUGACGCUCCCGCUAUGGGCCACGGCGGCGGCGUGGGGUGACCGCUGGCCCUUCGGCCUCGCGCUGUGCAAGCUGAGCGGCUUCGCGCUGACCGCCUCGCGCUGCGCAGGCGCGCUGCUGCUGGCCGGCCUGGCCGCGGACCGCUACCUGGCCGUAGCCCGGCCGCCCGGAGCGCGCCCGCUGCGCUCCCCACGGUGCGCGCGCACCCUGUGCCGGGGCGCCUGGGCCGCGGCGCUGCCGGUCGGCUUGCACGCCCUGGUCUCCCGCGACCUGCAGCCGCGGCCCGAAGGCCCCGGCAGCCUGUGCGGGGAGCGGCCCUCGGACUCCCUCCAGGCCCUCGGGCUGCUGCUGCUGCUGCUCACCUGCGCGCUGCCCCUGGGCGCCACCUUCUUCUGCUACUGCCGCCUGGCGCGCCGUCUUCGCGGGCCGCGGCGCCUGGGCCGCGCCCCUGCCGCCCCGCUGCGCAUCGUCUGCGCCGUCGAGGGCGCCUUCGUGGGCUCCUGGCUCCCCUUCAGCACCCUAAGCGUCAUCCGCCACCUGGCGCACCUCGGGGCGGUGCCCCUGACCUGCCGCCUGCUGUGGGCGCUGCGCUGGGGCCUCACCAUCGCCACUUGCCUGGCCUUCGGCCACAGCUGCGCCAACCCGCUCAUCUACCUGCUGCUGGACCGCUCCUUCCGAGUCCGGGCCUGGCGCCUGGUGCACCGGCGCAGCCUGGCGUCUUCGAGCUCCGGGGACCCGGCAGGAAGCUGGGGACGGGCGCACACGGAGAGCCCAGCGGCGGCAGGUCCAGCCUGAAGGUGGCCCCGGGAGGCGGCUGGAUCCCCCAGACCAGACGCAUCUCCCCUGCCGGCAGCACGCCGGCCGGCCAGCACCAGGGACUCCUCCGCCGUCGCCCUCCCCGACCUCGGGGCUCCAGGAGCUCCCCCAGCCAGGCGGCGGGGCCGGCGGUCUCUCAGCCCAGCGGCCGACUGGGCCGACUCCCUCCAGGCUGCGACACCAGCAGACCGCAGCCGGGACGCCCACGGCCCACCAGGUCCAGGAGAGGGGA